AUGGAGUCCGACCCCGACCGCGGCGUCUCCCUCCUCUCCCCCGCCCCAAACCCUAGCCACCAACCCUGCCUCCGGGCGGCCAAGUCCACGGCCUUCAAGCGCGAGGAGCGCCGCAAGCACAAGGAGCAGAAGCGGGAGCGCAAGCGACAGGAGAACCUCGCCCUAGCGCUCGCGCAGUGGGAGCCCCUCGGCGCCCCACCCCGCCCGGCCGCCACCUCCACUCCUGGCCCGCCACCCGACGACAAACCCUGGCCGUGUGACCCGCCCUCUCCCGCGGACGCCGCGCCCUCCGCGGCCUGGGGCUGGGGCCCUCCGGCGGAACCCUCCGCCGACAGGGGCUGGGGCCUCCCAGCGGAACCGCCAGCGCAGCCCCCGGCAAGGUGCCCCCAGGCCGACGCGGUGAGGGCGUGCCGCGCAUUAUUUGGAGAGCACGCCGAUAACGACGACGACGGGGAGGAGGGGGAGGAAGAGGAAGGGGAUGUGGCCCGGUUCUUCGACGAGCUUCUGGAGAAAGACGCGGGCCUGAGGGGGUUCUACCAGGCGGAGCGGGAGACGGGGCGGUUCCUGUGCCUGGUGUGCGAGGGGGUCGGCGCCAGGGCGGGGAAGCGGUUCCCCGGCUGCGCGGCGCUGGUGCAGCACGCCGGCUCGGUCGCCCGGACCAAGAGGAGGCUCGCCCACCGCGCCUUCGCCGACGCCCUCGGCCGCCUGCUCGGCUGGGGCGCCGGCCGGACCACCCCUGUUCCGGCUGAUUGUGACAACGUUGGCGCUAUUGAUCAAGCUGAGCACUUGGAUGCUUCUGAAUGUGCAGAAAUGGAGGUGGCCUAA